AUGGGAAAAAAGCCCACCAACUGGAACCUCUGGGGCAAGGUCAUUGCAGCUGGCUUGGUAGCCGGCAUCGGUGGACCUAUGUUUACGUCCUGGGUGACACCCACUGAGGACGAGAUUCGAGCGAAAUAUAACCCUGAUUUGAGGAGGAGGAGUCUCGAGGGACGCGCCGCGCGUGAGCAGGAGUUUGACGAGUUUGUUACCAAGCUCAAAGAGUACUCCAAGUCUGACAAGCCGAUCUGGGUGGUCGCCAAGGAGGACCGAGAGAGGCAGCAGAAAAAGGCGAUUGAAGAUGCCAAGACGAGGGAUAUCGAGGCUGCAGCCCGCAGGGAGGAGAUGAGGAGACAGGCCGGCCUCGGAGGAGCGGCAGCCCCGAACGAUGCUGCCGUCACGACCAAGAGUCCCGAGGCUCCUGUUGGCGCUGACCAGGCUAGUCAAGGACGAGGAUGGUUCAGCUGGCUUGGCUGGAGGUGA